AUGGCGUCUGAAAAGACGGACGGUGUAGAAACGCACAUCUCCCCUUCUCACGACACCGAGAAGAAUCCCGUCACGACACUCAACUAUGGCGACCAGAUUCCCGUGGAACUUCUCGAGACGCUGGCGCCCAAUGGCGAGGGCGACUUCAUCCUCGACAAGAUCAACAACAUGUCUGAGGACGAGGCCAUUGGCAUCAUCACCGAGUCGCUCGAGUUUCACUCGGAUGAUUGGAACUUCCCGUCUGAUAUGCGCGAGCGCAUGCAGCGCUUGUUGCUCGGGUCGAAGGCGUAUGGGGAGUUUUACGAUCGCGAUUUGCGCAUCGACGCCACCAUGAUGAAGUGGUCGUCGCCGUAUCCUGGUGUUCGCGCUGUGGCGAGUCCUAUUGACGAUGCCAAGGUGCCGAUUGAGACGGCGAGAGCGUACUUUUUGGGUAUUAGCUGGGCUAUUAUCGGGACAUUUAUGUCUACGUUUUUCAACUCCAGAUUUCCUGGCAUUUCUCUCAGCAACUCCGUCAUCCAAAUCCUCCUCUACCCCUGCGGCAAUCUCCUCCAUACCAUCCUCCCAGACUGGGGCAUCACCGUCUUCAAGGUCCGCCACUCCCUCAACCCCGGCCCCUGGACCUUCAAGGAGCAAAUGUUCGCCACCAUCACCUUCAACAUCGCCAUCUACACCACCAACAGCUACGGCAUGAUCCUCGUCCAGCGCUCCCCCGUCUACUACGGCCUCGACUUCAUCCACUUCGGCUACCAGCUCAUGCUCACCCUCUUCGUGCAGCUCAUGGGCAUGGGCCUGGCCGGCUACCUGCGCCGCUUCUCCGUCUACCCCGUCAAGGCGCUCUGGCCGACCCUCAUGCCCAUCAUCGCCCUCAACCGCGCCCUCACCAAGCCCGAGCCCAGGGAGAACAUCCACGGCUGGACUAUCUCGCGCUACAAGUUCUUCUGGGUCACCGCGGGAAGCAUGUUCGUCUACUACUGGCUGCCGGGGUACUUGUUCACCGCGCUCUCGCAGUUCAACUGGAUGACCUGGAUUGCCCCGGACAACUUCAAGCUGGCCGUGUUGACGGGCUCCAACAUGGGGUUGGGGUUGUUUAAUCCGAUUACGACGUUUGACUGGAACGUGGCGACGUCGUCGUACGCGGCUCUUGCGCAGCCGUUUUUCGCGACUUGUACAAUGUACAUUGGUGGCAUUCUGGGUGGUUUCAUCAUCUUGGGGAUAUUCUACUCCAACAUGUACAACACGGGCUAUCUGCCCAUCAACUCGUCGUCUGCGUUUGCCAACGACGGAAAGCCUUACGUUGUGCAGAAGAUUGUCGUCAACAAUAAGCUCGAUGUGAAAAAGUAUCAGGAGUAUUCGCCGCCGUUUUAUUCAGCGGGUUAUGUGCUCACCAUUGGCGCUAACUUUGCCUUCUACCCCGUCUACUUCCUGUACAUCAUGGUGAAUCAGUGGAAGACGAUUGGCAAGGCCUACGUUGAUUUCUACAAGGGCCUCCGCUACGGCAAGGGCAACUACGAGGACGCCAUGGAUGUGCACAAUCGCUCCAUGGCCAAGUACAAGGAAGUCCCUGACUGGUGGUUCCUCAUCAUCUUUGUGGGCGCCAUUGUCGUCAACAUCAUCUGGGCGCGGAUAUACCCCGUCGACGUGCCCGUGUGGUUGAUCUUUCUCGUCAUCGGCGUCAAUCUGGUGUUUGCGGUGCCGCUGUCAUUCUUGUCCGCCACGACGGGCACAAACUUGGGCUUGGGGUCGUUGAUCCAAAUCAUCACGGGCUUCCUGCUGCCCAACAAUCCCAAUGCCUUCCUGUUUGGCCAGACGUUGGGGAGCUGGGCGCUCGCCGGCUACGGAGACAACUACGUCCAGGAUCAGAAGAUGGCUCACUACUGCAAGAUUGCGCCGAGAGCCGUGUUCCGCAGUCAGAUUGGCACCAUCAUCAUUACGUGUUUCGUGGCCGUUGCGACGCAAAAUUUCAUCCUUAACAAUGUCGAGGGUUUGUGUACGCCCGACCAGCCAAGCAGGUUUACUUGCGCCAACGACGGUGCUCCCUUGUAUUCCAACUCUCUCAUGUGGGGGCUCAUGGGAUCCGACCGCAUGUUCAACUCGGUCUAUCCUUUGUUCAAGUGGUGUUUCCUCAUCGGAGCCCUUAUAUCCGUCGUCUUCCUUGUUGGCCAGGGCUUGGGGCCGAAAUAUCUUCCCGGCGUGAGGGAGAGACUUCGAACCAAACUGUCUCCCGAGCGCUUUGCUAGCCUCGACCGCACCUUGUUCCCCUUCAUUGCUUCUCUCAUGUGGUUGAACCCCGUGCUUAUUAUUCAGGGUGUUCAGCAUUGGGCGCCCUCCAACAUGGCUUACAAGACGCCUGGGUUCAUCUUGUCGUAUAUUUUCAUGUAUUGGAUGCCGAGGCACCGCCUCGCGUGGUGGUCCAAGUACAACUACGUCUUGUCUUCGGCUCUGACCGCCGGUCUUGCGUUCAGCGCGUUAAUUAUGUUCUUCGCAGUUGGGUAUCAUCCCAUUAGAUUGAAGUGGUGGGGGAACACCGUCAGCACUGCUGGUAUUGAUGGCAAACAGGUGGGCUGGUUGCCCAUCCCUGAGAGAGGAUACUUUGGACCUGAGAAGGGCAGUUUCCCUUGA